CUGAAGGUGUCGCCUCUAAUGUCCUGCUUGUCGCUGUCCACAGCUCGUGGUGCUGAAAUUCAAAAGGACAGACCUGCCGCAGGUGUCACCCUCUCAUUACACGGUUAAAUGGGUCAGCUCAUGCUCAUGGCCCAUGUGACGUGAUCCAGGUGGCCGAGAGCAGAUCGAUCUGAAAGGGUUUUUUGAUUUGUCUUCCUAAGCCUCGGCUGUCUUUGUUAUUCUGUCUGUUAGGCAACAGGUCUGAACGGAGCGGGUGGAGUCGGACUGCGACCCAGACUGACUAAAUGAAAAUGCUUCUGACUUUACAGCUUCUAUGAGGUCAGGUUUGGGCAUCAAUUUAAAUGUGUUGUCAGCUGCCUGAAUCCCGUUUCCGUGAAACAUGGCGGAUUCGCUCAGCGAAGGAAGCGGUUCCGUAUGGCAAGCCAGAACCGCCGAAAUACGUCACUUUCCCAACCCGUAUAGUUAAGAGGUGGCGAAAAAAACGCCGUUUGAUAUGUCAAGACAUAGUUCCGAUAAAUACGCGUGCAAAAUCUGUCACAGCGACUUUGACCUGGAGCGCCGCAUUCCCAAAGAGCUCGGCUGCUCCCACACAUUCUGUCAGGAGUGGCUGGAAGUUCUGCGCUCCCGAGAAGGUGGAGGAUGGAGAGUUGGCUGCCCGGUGUGUCGUCACCGAACUCCGGUACCAGAAUACAAGGUCACAAACCUCCCCAAUAACACCGCUCUAGCCGAACUGCUGCUAAUUAAAGCGCAGCAGCAAAGAAACUUUACAAAAACAAACAGGUGGCGCAAUCGGCUGCUUCCGUUACCUCCCAGCAGAGCUGUGAGAACUGCAAACAGAUCGCGUUCACUACAGGCUGCGCGUGCGCCAUGUUCUCCUUCCUCGCCAUGGUGGUGCUUUUGUUUGUGGCCCUCAUCUUUUGGCGCAAUCUGUCUGUUCACCGCCAGCGUCCUUGCCCCCUUUUCUCUCAUUCUAACUUGGUUAAUGUGCAUGCUGGAGUAUCGACCAGAAACUCCAGAUCUGAGCUCCACCACAUCUAACAGGAUCUAUGAUGUCUUGGUAGGCCAGGAGGCUUGCUUACGAGGACGUUGUCCUUCCUUGGUCAAAGAAAACGGUUAA